CCCCACCCGUUCCCGGUGACAUGUGUCCUGGGAUGGCCUGGCAUGUUGUCACUGUGCAUGGCCGCGAUCCCCAGCGGCGGCCAUGGUGGUCACCACCGCAGAGGUUUCCAGAGAAUGGUGGACCAAGCCUGAAAAUUUCAAUGCCCCAUUGGUCUUUUACCUGGAAGAGGAGUUGGAGCAGAUAAUAUUCGGGCAGGAGGACAGAUACCUCCGCUGCAUAGAAGAGCACAGCCACACCCUCAUUCAGCUGGAGUCCUGGUUCACAGUCACAGGCCAUACCCGAGUCACUGUGCUGGGUCCACCUAGGGCCAGGCAGUGGCUGAUGGGCAUAAUAUGGCUUUUGGAGCACAGGAGCUUUCACUAUCGAGCUCGAGGUUAUCAGAUGCUGCAAAGUGUCCGGAGCCAGCCCCUAACCAACAAGGACUUGGCUGCCAGUCUCAGUGUCAGCUUGACUCCUUGGUGGUGA